AUGGUGGCAGAGGAGGGUUACGAUGGCUUCCUGCGCGCCGAGCUGGACAGGCUCUUUGAGAGCCUCGUGAGGCAGCACCAGGCGGAGGUGGACCAGGCACGACGUCCUCGGUUGGUUCCCGAGGGGUCGAAGAGUGUAGGCCUGGGCCACGCCGCCUCGGGUUGGCUGAGCCUGGGCAGCGAAAGCGAAGCUGCAGGGCCGGAAACAGGUGCCAGCUGCACGUCCCU